GUAGCGCUGCUAUGGCCUCGCAGAACGCGGACCCCGUCGCCCGGCCCAGCGCCGCCCGCAAGGGGGCCGAGCCCGGCAGCAGCGCGGCGCGCGGCUCCGUGGGGAAGCGGCUGCAGCAGGAGCUGAUGGCGCUGAUGAUGGCCGGCGACAAAGGGAUCUCCGCCUUCCCCGAGUCGGACAAUCUCUUCCGCUGGAUCGGGACCAUCGACGGCGCCGCCGGGACGGUGUACGAGGCGCUGAGGUAUAAGCUGUCCCUGGAGUUCCCCGACGGGUAUCCCUACAAUGCCCCCACCGUCAAGUUCCUCACCCCCUGCUACCACCCCAACGUGGACACGCAGGGCAACAUCUGCCUGGACAUCCUCAAGGACAAGUGGUCGGCGCUCUACGACGUCCGGACAAUCCUGCUGUCCAUUCAGAGCCUGCUGGGAGAGCCAAACGUUGAGAGCCCCCUGAACACACAUGCGGCCGAACUCUGGAAGAACCAAGCAGCCUUCAAGAAAUACCUGCAGGAAACAUACGCAAAGCAGGUGAAGAGCCAGGAGACCUGAUGCCUGUCCAAGCCGCAGCUCUUUGUCUGUCUGUCCCUGUCUGCUCUCUGGAACUGUCCUCUGACUGCUCUGUACAGGACUCUGUAUCAUAGGCUGUUUUUAAAUUAAUUCUGCAGGUGGAACCCACGGUUCCUGUAUAAAUAAAUGCUCGUUUUUUAACUUUG